CUAUCGUCAAUAAGAAUAUAUACCAGCAUCGCUUCCAUCUCCAUGAUUAUAUCACUAUAGAAAAGUUCCGCAGAUAUAUAAUCAACUCAACCGUUCGGACCACUGGACGAGGCGGUAACCAUGGCCGAUUAUCUGUUAUCACAAACUCUGUCGGCGCGGUAUUAUCAGCCCGAUCGGUUUCCGCACAUAUCGGAGACAACCGGUGCAAAACCGGGAUCGGAUGAUGGCCAUAAUCUCGAACAGAGAAGUACACCCGAGCCCUCGCAGUCGGCGAACCGAGUGAGAAAACGCGGUAGACCGAGAAUGUCCUCUGGCAAUACUUCUCCGAAUGACCGUCGGGCUCAGAUCCGAGCUGCACAGAGGACCUAUCGAUUAAAGAAGGAAGCCAUGUUUCAGGAUAUGAAAUCACGCGUGUCGGAGCUAGAAGAUAGCAUGAGCAGGAUAUCUGGCUCGCUUUCCAAAUUCUAUCAUAUGGCUAUCCAGUCUGAUCUUCAUCUCACUCACCCUUACCUGUUCCAGCAACUCAACAGCACUGUAUCGCAGGCGAAGAGCGAAGAUUCGCCAAAUGGGAGUCCACCGUCUACUGCAGAACUCCACCGUCUCGGACUAGCCACUCUAUCGUCGACAGGAGCAGCCGGCGAUGCGUUUACCUUUGGUUACACAAUGAACAUGAGUCCCCGGGCGAAUGGAAUGUUCUACAAGCAACCAGGAAAUGACCGCGUUCGAAUGUCACCUUCCAGAUACGCGCAACGUUCGUAUCUCGGCAAUCUCCCAAAGCAAGUCGAGAGGCCAAUGAACGGCAGUUCUGCCUUCACCUAUAGCUUCAACGAGUCAACAUUUGCCCGUCGGCUUCAUCGUCAAUGCAUAGAAUACGCCUAUCGAUUGUUUACCGAUCCUCGGACCGACCCACAGGACAUUUACCGUGUCUUCCGUCUCGUGUCGUGCAUCCGUCAAGAGGAUAAAAUGGCCCGCUACCUUGCCGCUCUCGUCCGCGCAGGGCCGAAAGACCCGUUGGAGCCAUCCAAGGCCCCCUUUUACUGCAUCGGUGGAGCGGGCACUCAUUAUCCUCAGGUGCAGGCUGAUGGGAAGCCCCUAUUUCCAGAAAACAUGCGACUUCCGGGUCGAAUCCUUAGCUCAAUGACAGGCAGCAUCCAGGGGAUGGAGAACAAACUUUCGCCAGAAAAGAGACAGGAGCUUCUUAAAUUGCACGGGCUCGAUGGCACCUGGCUCGAUUGUCGAGAUGUUCAGGGCUAUCUUGAGGAAAAGGGCUUCUGCCUUGAUGGUUCGCCGUGUCUUUUCGCUACUCCGGCAACUGAAAACCAGGAAAAUUAUCAGAAAACCGCUUAUGAUCUAUCAAAGGACAUACCCAUGGACAUAGGUGGCAAUCAAGAGCCUAAAUCGUCCCCGCUUCGGAAUAUCGAUGUUAACCCUGAGCGCACCUCAGGUUUGAAGGGCGGUGUAACAGGGCAAGGAUCUUGGGUCCUCAAUAUCGAGGAGUUUGUUCAAGCACUCUUGCAGAAAAUGGUUAUCCUGGGGCGAGCUCCGGGCUUCCGACUGACUGAUGUUGAAGCAGCAUUCAAAUCAGCAGCGACGGUAUCGUCAACUUAAGCCAUCUCGGCUUACUUUGCAACUACUGUACGAUUCCGAAUAGUCCGGAAUUUUCAUGAAGUUACGACCAAACUUUCUUUAUUUUUUCUUCUAAUCUCUUUCGGGUAUUUUCAUACUCAUGUCAAUAGUUUUUUCCCUUAAUACCCGUGGCGACAGACGAUAAUUGUUAAGGCAUGAAGGCGAGCUUUCUAUUUUAACCAUAUAAUUAUUCUUAUUCUAAUGCCAUGAUAUAUGGAUGGCUGAACGAAGAAAUGAAAACCACGAGAAUAGAGACUUAUCCUUCGUUUACGAUCUUCG